AUGGCGGAGCAUCCUAGCAAAAAGGCGAGGGUCAACGAGCCCGACUGGAGCGCAGAGUUGGCAGAAGCAAAGUCAGACUAUCGAGCAGCCAAGGAGUCGCUGGAUGGAGAAUUCCAGAAAAACAGCCCAAACCAAGGAUACGUCGAUCAUUUGAAGCAGACACUGCAGGAUGCACAAAAGCGCAUCGAACUGCUCUUGCAGAGGCAAUCCCAGCAACCGGAGGAUGUCUCCGUGCUGCAGAGAAUUCACGAAGACCUCAUAGAGGUGAAAGCAGAGGUGAAGGCGACUUGCGCGCUCCAGAUGAAAAUGGCGACAGUUUCUGCAGUCACGGAAAGCGCAGCGGCUACGCAGACGCGAGGCACUGCCUGGCACAGAAAAGUUGUGGGCUAUUUCGACUUCCAUCAAUGCAUGGUGUUGUCGCAGUUGUUUCCUGAUGAGCGGGGUCGUCCGAGCUGGUUCAACGAGCGAGAUGCAGGUGACGAUUUCCGCAGAGCACAAGGUCCGUUCCCCGCAGUUGCCGAGCACAUCAUCCCCAAAGGAGAUAUCAGCGUGGGCAAAGCAUGGCAAGUGGAUGUCCAUGAGGAAUGCAACGAUGGUCCCAGCAAAGGCAUGUUUGAAAUCUUUGUGUCGCAAGAGAUUCGUGAGGACACAAUCAUGUAUUACCCCAUCGCUGGUGAACCGACCCAUCGCGUCAAAGUGGGCGGCAAUCCGUUGCAAUUCAAGAGCCUGCACGGACAGAAAAUUGAGAUCAUAGGCAAGUACCAGGCAAAUCCAUCACUUCGUUCUUUGUUCUUGAAGGCUGAGAUGGCACAUCGGGUAGACAGGAUGCUCCCUCACCCUGCCACUCGUUUAAAGGCAUAUCAAAUCAAGUGCGGAAAGAUGAACCAGCCGAACUGGACCAUAUGGCAAAAGUCAGUGCCUGACAGGUCUUUGCCUGUUGUGCAGGAGGUGCAUGACGACUAA